AACAGUGUUUACGACACUGCGGCGAUACUAUCCUGUGUGUGCAGUAAAGGACCCACCGACUAUCAGAGUACACGUUUUCAACGAUAUAAUGGACAAAGGCUCACAAAGUUCGAUCGACGGCAUAAAAUUAGAGCCCGAGAAUGGAGUUUGGAAGAAGGAAAGGUCGAAAGGCUGCUACAUCACUCGCAAUAAGGCUAUACUUAUUGGCGUCGUAUUCGUAUUGUUGCUUAUCGUAGUGGCCUUAAUAUUUUAUUAUAUUCCACAUCCAUCCAAUAAAUGCGAAUGUGAAAAUGAUGUAACAGAGCAGUCGUCAGACGAAUGUGACAUAGUUCCCCGUCUCCCAGAUAUGCCAGACAAACCAUCCAUUCCACCCUAUGAACCAUUUGGAGAGAAAUUACCCAACUCGAUAUAUCCUUUACACUACGAUCUCACUGUGAAGACGUUCCUAUACGAAUAUGAAACCAGUGAAAUGGAGAGAUUUACAUUCGAAGGUCAUGAGACUAUCUACCUCCGCUGUGAUGAAUCCACGAACACUGUCAAGAUGAACAGUAGAUUCUUGAACGUUAACUUUGAACCUGGCAUGAUUAAGAUCACAGAGAGUGACACAGGAAAGGAGAUCGGUAUAAAGUCAGGGAAAUUAGACGAGAUGCAUGAGCUUUUCGUUGUGGAAACAGUGGAAACCAUGGAAACGAAUGCCUACUACACGUUGGAGAUACUUCACUUCGGCGCAGAAAUGGAUUAUGCUUAUUACAACCAAUUUGGAAUGUAUUAUCAAUCGUAUGAAAUAAAUAACGAAACGAGGUGGAUAUGCAACACUAAAUUCACGCCAAACUAUGCCAGGGAAGUCUUUCCAUGCUUUGAUGAACCACAUUUCAGAGCAACAUUUAAUCUUACCCUAAUCUAUCACAACAAACGCUGGGCGAAGUCCAACAUGCCGGUGAGGGAGAGUGUCGACCUGGGCAAUGAUUGGACUGAAACGCGAUUUGAGACGACCCCUAGUAUGGUGACGUACCUGCUUGUAAUGGUGGUGGCUGAUUUCGAUUAUAUUGAAACUACGACAGCAAAUGGAUACCCGUUCAGAGUUUGGGCACGUCAAGACAAACUACAACUCGGGGAAUUCGCUCUGAAUGCUGGGAGCGAGAUUAUGACUCUCUUUGAGAACAAAGUUGGGGUACCGUACGGUCUUCCCAAAAUGGACAUGAUAGCCAUUCCCAACUACGCUGCCGGUGCGACUGAAUUCUGGGGAUGUAUGUUGUUUCGAGAGAAUCGGUUACUUUACGACGAGGUGGAACAGACCGAGUAUUAUAAACAAAGUGUAGCCGCCAUAGUGACACACGAAAUAGCACAUAUGUGGUUUGGUAACUACUUGACCUGUGAUUGGUGGAGCGAUAUUUGGUUAAACGAAGGUUUCGCUAGUUUCUACGAGUAUCCUAUCAUGGAGCAGCUUUUCCCGGAAUGGAAGGUGGCGGACCAAUUUAUGGUUUUAGAUCUAGAAGGAGCGUUUCGUUACGACUCGAAUUCCAUGCUUGCUGAGCCCCUUGUUAGACCAGUCAGUGGAUGGAGACAUGAAAUAACUGGAGUCUUCGACAAAACAUCGUAUAGUAGGGGCGCCUCUAUACGUCGGUCUUUGAAAGCGUUUCUCGACGAUGAUGUGAUAAAUGAAGGUAUUAGAACCUACGUAGCAAAUCACUUGUAUGAGUCUGUCUUCACUGAUCAGUUAUGGGAAGAACUUACAAAGGCUGACAGAGGUCAUGGCAACACAGACGUCAAGGCGGUGAUGGAUACAUGGACCUUGCAACAUGGUUAUCCUGUAGUAACAGUUACGAGAACCAGCGAAACUAAGGCGUCUGUUGUACAAGAUCACUUUCUGAGUGACCCUAACGAUGUAACUAACGACUUGUAUGAAAAUCUAGGGUAUUUAUGGCAUGUGCCAUUGACGUAUACAUAUGCUGCAAACCCAGAUUUCAUUAAUCCUAGUUUUGAAUGGCUGAGGAACACAGACAAACCAGGAGAGAUUGAUUUGAGCGAUGCUGGAUCUCUAGACUGGGUACUAGUAAAUAUUAAUCAAUUGGGAUUCUAUCGUGUUAACUAUGAUGAUGAAAACUGGAAACGACUGGCAGAAGCUCUGAAAGACGAUGUAGACUUUAAGGUGUUUCCUGCCCAGACAAGGACCGCUCUGUUGGAUGACUGUUUCAAGAUAUCACAAGCAUUCUACACCGAUAACGUGAACUGUCAUCGACUCAGUGAAUACAUGUACAGAGAAACAGAGUAUCCCACCUGGGCACUGAUGGUUGAAAACCUGAACUUUAUACACCGCUCAUUCAUGAGAAGUACUGAAUUUAGUUCUCUCCGGUAUUACUGGAGCAAACAAAUAACGCCCAUUUACGAAUCACUUGGCUGGGAUUUCAGUGAUAAGGAUACUUUGAACAGGCAAGUAUUCCAAGUUAUUAUACCAGUGUAUACCAUUCAUAACAUCACACUACGCCACACCACGCAAGUGUAUGUGAACCAAUCUCAGGUCUAA